AUGUAAUAUAUUUUUAAAUUUUCUAAAUUGAGAUUAGAAUUUAUUUAAAUAUAUUAUUAUUAUAUUAUUUUUAUGAGAAAUAAUAUACUUUUUAAAUUCAAUAUACAAAAUGAAGAUUAAGAAUUCUUAUUGAACUUGCUAUGAGAUGGCGCUAUGUUUCCAAUAAAUAACUCGUUUUCUAUUAUUUUCUACACGUGGAUUUAAUUAUUGUAAUUUAUUUUACAUACAUUUAUAUAAUUUCAUAUUUUAUUAUAAAAACGUGAUGUAAAAUGGUUGUAAUAGGAAAAAAAAAGUAUCAGUCUGGGGAAGGAGCACAGUUUAUGACAAGAAAAGCUGCUCUAAAAAAAUUGCAGCUCACUUUAACUGAUUUUCGCAGAUUAUGUAUAUUGAAAGGAAUAUAUCCAAGAGAACCACGUAAUCGUAAAAGAGCUCAAAAAGGAGAUCCUAGUAUCAAAAUAUUAUAUCAUAAAAAAGAUAUUCAAUUUUUGAUGCAUGAACCAAUAAUAUGGAAAUUAAGAGAAUUUAAGAUAUUUAAUAAAAAAGUUGGAAGAGCAAGAGCUUUGAGGGAAUUUUCAGAUAUGAAAAGAUAUUUAGAUAAUCAUCCUACUCUAAAGCUAGAUCACAUUGUUAAAGAACGUUAUCCAACAUUCAUUGAUGCACUUAGAGAUCUAGAUGAUUGUUUGACUUUAUGUUUUUUGUUUAGUACAUUUCCAUCUCUUAAUCAUAUACCAAGAGAUCAGUCAUUAUUAUGUAGAAGAUUAACAGUUGAAUUUUUACAUGCUGUAAUUGCUGCUAAAGCUUUACGUAAAGUAUUUGUAUCUAUUAAAGGAUAUUAUUAUCAAGCAGAAAUUAAGGGACAAAUAAUAACUUGGAUUGUACCUCAUCACUUCAGUUUUGAGCCUCAAGCAAAGAAUGAUGUAGACUUUAAAAUUAUGUCUAUAUUUGUAGAAUUCUAUAUCGUGAUGUUAGGUUUUGUUAAUUAUAGACUUUAUCAUAGUCUUAAUUUAUAUUAUCCUCCAAAACUUACUACUAAUGAUAAUAGUGAAAAAAUACUUGUUGAUGAAGAGGUAUAUGUAUCAGAAAGAAUAGCAGCAUUAAAUGUACCUUUAGUAAAUCUGGAUCCUACAUUACAAAAUAUAGAAGAUGAAGAAUUGGAGAUAGAUAAAUUUACAAAUGAAGGUGAUGCUACAAAUAUGGAAGAGAUUAGGAUAGAAGCAGAAAAAAUUAAAAAAUUGAAAACACUUUUUAAAGGUUUAAAAUUUUUCUUGAAUAGAGAAGUACCAAGAGAACCUUUAGUUUUUAUUUUACGUUGUUUUGGAGCUGAAGUAUCUUGGGAUAAAUUACUCUUUGUUGGUGCAACAUUUGAUGAAAAUGAUGAAACAAUAACACAUCAUAUAGUGGACAGACCUAAUAUGACUAAACAAUAUAUUUCUAGAUAUUAUGUACAACCACAAUGGAUUUUUGAUUCGGUAAAUGCUAAAGAAUUGUUACCUGUAGAAAAAUAUCUAAUAGGUUGUGUACUUCCACCACAUCUUUCACCAUUCUCAAAUAAUCAGCAAGAUCAGACAUAUAUUCCACCAGAGGAACGUGCACUUAUGGAUCCUGAAUUUAAACUUAAUAAUGAAGAAGAAGAUGAAUCUGAAGAAGAAGUUGAAGAAAAUAAAGAAGAAAAUAAUGAAAAUGAAGUGCAAAAAAAUGAUUUAACAAAAAAUUCAGAAGAGAAAAUUGAAGCAAGAGAAUCCUCUGGUGAUUUGGAAACAACAAUCGAUGAGAAAGAACAGCAACGAAAUCGAUUAAAAAAUAAAAUGAAAGUUAAAACUGGAGAAGUGAUAAAGGAAGAUCCAUGGGAGAAGAAACGACAGGAGAGACAAGAGUAUCGAUUAAGAGAACGUAUGAUUAAAAAGAAACAUCGAAACUUGUAUAGGAGUAUGAUGGAAGGUCGCAAGGAAAGAGCCAAGGAAAUAUGGCUUCUUCGUAAGAAGAGGCGGCUACAUGAUACCGCUGAAAAGCAAAAACGCAAAGAAGAACGCAAACAGAAAAAAGUUAAAAUUACUGAACAAGAAUAAAUAAAAAAAAAGCAACUAAUAUAAAUUUAAUAUUUAGUUUUUAUUUUUAUUCCACAUACAUCAUUUUUUGUAAAUGAACUAUAUUAAGAAUUAUAUUCAAUCACACUUUUCACAUUAA